UUUAAUAGCAACGUCAUGACAACAGAGAAGAGUUUAGUGGCUGAGGCCGAAAAUUCACAGGAUCAACAGAAGGAGGAGGGUGAGGGAGCUACAAGCUCAGGCCAACAAGAAACUCAACUGGAAGAGGCUUCUCAAGCAGCAGCUGAGGGAGAUAAUCAUUGUGAGCAGAAGCUGAAAACAUCUAAUGGAGACACUCCUACGCAUGAGGACUUGACCAAGAACAAGGAGCGGACAUCAGAAAACAGGGGCCUGUCAAGACUGUUCUCCUCAUUUCUCAAAAGGCCUAAAUCUCAGGUCACUGAGGAAGAAGGCAAAGGAGUGGAAUCAGCUAAAGAGAAAGGUGAAGUAGGUCAGGAAGAUAUAGAAUUUGCAACCAGUCUUGAUGAAGAGAUCAUUUUAAAGGCUCCAAUUGCAGCUCCUGAACCUGAACUCAAAACAGACCCAUCCUUGGAUCUUCACUCAUUAAGCAGUGCAGAAACACAGCCUGCUCAGGAAGAACGCAGAGAAGAUCCAGAUUUUGAAACUAAGGAAGGAGGAGUUGAAGAGUGCUCUAAUAUAGAAGUGAAAGAAGAAAGUCCUGAAUCAAAAGCAGAAAGAGAAUUAAAAGUUUCCCAGAAAUCAAUCAGAAGACACAGAAACAUGCAUUGCAAGGUUUCUUUGUUGGAUGACACAGUUUAUGAAUGUGUUGUGGAAAAACAUGCAAAAGGACAAGAUUUGCUUAAACGAGUGUGUGAGCACCUCAAUCUUUUGGAAGAAGACUACUUUGGUUUAGCCAUUUGGGAUGACGAAACCACCAAGACAUGGCUGGACUCUGCCAAAGAAAUAAAAAAGCAGGUUCGUGGUAUCCCUUGGAAUUUCACAUUUAAUGUAAAGUUUUAUCCACCUGACCCAGCACAGUUAACAGAAGAUAUAACAAGAUAUUACUUAUGUCUUCAACUUCGGCAGGACAUAGUUGCAGGACGUCUGCCCUGUUCCUUCGCAACCUUAGCAUUAUUAGGUUCUUAUACUGUCCAAUCUGAGCUGGGUGAUUAUGACCCAGAACUCCAUGGUGCAGAUUAUGUUAGUGAUUUUAAACUGGCUCCAAAUCAGACCAAGGAACUUGAAGAGAAAGUCAUGCAACUGCAUAAGUCAUACAGGUCCAUGACUCCAGCUCAAGCUGACCUGGAAUUUCUUGAGAAUGCCAAAAAGUUGUCUAUGUAUGGUGUUGACUUUCAUAAAGCAAAGGACUUGGAGGGAGUGGAUAUCGUCCUAGGUGUCUGCUCCAGUGGCCUUCUGGUUUACAAAGAUAAGCUGAGAAUUAACCGCUUUCCUUGGCCCAAAGUGCUGAAGAUUUCUUAUAAACGUAGUAGCUUUUUCAUCAAGAUUCGGCCUGGAGAGCAAGAACAGUAUGAAAGUACCAUCGGAUUCAAACUUCCCAGUUACCGAGCAGCUAAGAAAUUAUGGAAAGUCUGUGUAGAGCAUCACACAUUUUUCAGACUAACAUCUACAGACACUAUUCCUAAAAGCAAAUUUCUUGCACUGGGAUCCAAAUUUCGAUACAGUGGCCGAACUCAAGCUCAGACCAGGCAAGCUAGUGCUCUGAUUGACAGGCCUGCCCCACACUUUGAGCGUACAGCAAGCAAACGGGCAUCCCGGAGCCUUGAUGGAGCGGCUGUGGAUUCAACAGACAGAAGUCCUCGGCCUACUUCUGCACCUGCCAUUGCUCAGAGUCAGGACACAGAAGGCAAUGUGCAAGGUGCAUCUUUCAAAAAAACGGUGGUUUCUAAAGCACAGAAGGAAACAGUGAAGGUUGAAGUGAAAGAGGAAGAAGUGCCACCUGAGCAAACUGAGCCAGAGGCCACAGAAGUGUGGAAGGUGGAAAAAACCCACAUCGAGGUCACAGUACCCACCUCAAAUGGUGACCAAACACAGAAAAAGAGAGAGAGACUAGAUGGUGAAAACAUUUAUAUCAGACAUAGCAAUUUAAUGUUGGAGGACUUAGACAAAAGUCAAGAAGAAAUAAAAAAACAUCAUGCCAGCAUCAGUGAGCUGAAAAAGAACUUCAUGGAAUCUGUGCCAGAACCACGGCCUAGUGAAUGGGAUAAACGCUUAUCCACUCACUCCCCGUUCCGAACACUUAACAUCAAUGGCCAAAUCCCCACAGGAGAAGGAGUGAAGAAAACUUCUAUCCUUCCCUCGGAAAGAAAGGUUGGUGGGCCAGAGAAUAUAAAUGGCAUUCGCACAGAGGCGGCGGCUGCCAUGACAAAGGGGCCAUCUACCAACCCCGACUCUGAAUGGGAGGGCCCCAAGCAUUCAGUAAUUCCUAGUAAGAGCCAAAUGACCACCUUGGAGUCUCCACAAAGCUUUGACUUUGGCUCCCUCUCCAUAAGCAGCAAGGAAACAGAAGAGAAGGAGCAGGGGGCACCUGGCUAUCUUGAUAUUAAGGAAAUGCCAAGAGGCCUCAGUGGGGAAUGUAUAGGAAUGGAGGAAAAGGCCAGUGCCUUAAAGUUCUCAGUAUCACCAGCUUCCUCUCAGCUGCAACUUGGUGAAAAAAAGGCAGAGAGUAGUGAAGAACAUGUUACACCAGGAGAGCUACUUGGAAAGCAAAAUGGAUCAUUUCUUGACUCUUGUGUGGGUAACCAGUUCCCCACCCUCAUUCGAAGUUUCCAGCCCCCCCUGGUGAAGACUCAGACCGUCACCAUCUCAGAUACUGCCAAUGCUGUGAAAAGUGAAAUCCCCACCAAAGAUGUCCCUAUUGUUCACACUGAGACAAAGACCAUCACCUACGAGGCUGCUCAGACUGACGACAACAAUGGGGACUUGGACCCAGGAGUCUUGCUGACAGCUCAGACCAUCACAUCUGAGACCACCAGCAGCACCACCACAACUCAGAUUACCAAGACUGUAAAAGGUGGAAUAUCAGAGACCCGGAUUGAAAAGAGAAUUGUGAUCACAGGAGAUGCUGAUAUUGACCAUGAUCAGGUCCUGGUUCAGGCCAUCAAGGAGGCAAAGGAGCAGCAUCCAGACAUGUCAGUGACCAAGGUGGUCGUCCAUCAGGAGACCGAAAUCUCUGAGGAAUGAGCUCAGGAAUCAUCUAUCCCCCAACUCCCUGCCCAUCUAUCCAAGAGGAAACCAGAGAAAUGAGAAAGAAGCUAACCUGCAAUAAUCAGACUUCAGACUUUCAAGAUUAUUCUAAACCACCAGAAAAUUAAUUUCAUUUUCUAUUUGGAGUUUAUACCAACAGAGUCUUCUAGAUAUCACUGACCUUUUGAAUACCUUUUCUAUAUUGUGAUACCAGAACUGUUCAACUUUUCACUCUACAGACUGUUUUUAAAGAGCUUUUGUUUUUUAUGGGGUGGUUUGUAACCCCGUCAACCUAGCCUAUCCCCAUUUAUUUCCAACCCAGAUACUGACAGGGUCCACAGAAUUCUUCUGGAAAUCCUUCAAAGACUCUGUCAGCUGUGUUGGGGGCCAAAGCCAGCUUAAUGGGGCUGCCUUGCUCUUCCCCUCGUUUUAUACCCUUUGGAUAACAGCAGAAACUUUAAAAACCAGCCCUUUUCAGAGCCAAUGAUGUGACUUUACCAGAAUGUCAGGUAGGGUGCUGCCCUGACCCACAUACCCCAGGAAAGUAUCCCUGUCCCUUUGUGGAGGGUGGUUUGGGUAAGGCAGAGACCUCUGCUAAGAAUGUAGUAUUGUUUUUCCUCCCUCCUAUUCUUUUUUUUUUGGAGCUUCUCUAGAUCAAAGACAUAAGAAGUUGCUCAGCUGUAUCUGAUACUGUGAAUGUUUUAACAGAUCCGUGGCCUUCACCUUCCUGCCCUCCCUCCCUUUUACCUCAUCAGAAGCCAUGGCUCUGCUAAGUGCUCCCCCCACCUCCCAUCUCAGGAGAGCAAAACUCACGGAAAAAUAGGCACUUUUGGCCAAAAGCACUAAUGGCACAUUUUUAGUGGUGAUUUGGGCAAAGAAAGUGAAUGAGGUUUUUGAAAGGUUUUCUAGUUCUGGGAAUAUGCACUUCACACAGGGGAAUGGUGGGGUUUACCUCAGUCAGAUCCUGCUAAGAAGCACUUCCAGGUGACCAUCCCUGGGCCUCUUCUUUAACCCUGGGACGAUAGGGAAUGUGACUCAGAGAGGGGGCUGUGUUCCUUGCCUGUCUUUCCACCAGCACCUGCCUGUGGGCACCCUUCUGCAGUAAGGGAACUGGCUUUUAGGGGCCAUCCUUCCCCAAAGACCCCAUGUGCCAAGGGGUAUAAGCACCAGCUCUGCUCAUCUGAGGUCUCCCAGGGUUUGUAGACUUUAUUUUUAUGGUGGAUUUGGGUUUAAUUCUUUUGUUUUGGUUUUGAAAGGGAGGAUUGAGUCCCAAUUCCACCAUUCCUGGUACAGAUUUGGGGGCAUUUUUAUUCAGUAGGUCUUCUCUAAUCUUCCAGCUUGCUUCCCACAGAAGUGAAUUCAUGGGACGGCAUUUUUCUGGUUCAGAGUCCACAAUCACUGGGGGCUCAAGGGCAGUGAGCAAGAGAGAAGUCUAGCACCUCUGCUCCCCAUGAUGGGAGCCAAUAGCAUGUGUCCAAAGUCUCUGCUGGCUGAGUUGUUUAGACACUCAGUUGGUUUGAACUGAUUUCAGGUGUGUGCAUUUUUCUUUUAGUAGUUAUGUGGGGUUGUUACUAACCAGCUCUCUGGGAGGUACAGAAGAGCUCAGGUGGGAUGUGUGACAGGCUUGGGGAGGUUGUCCUGUCUCAGGAACAGACUUGGAUCCCAUGGGCAUAGGGUCUGAAAUGAUGGGGCUUUCUGGUUGGUGCCCAAACCUGGAUGGUGCUGGGGUUAGAUGUGCAGUUCACAUCCAACAAGCGUACAAUGUGAGCUUGCUUCCCAGUGGCCCGCUGUCCUGCUGAAAGCCAUUGUGGCUCCCAAAGCUGUCACCUGUGGAAUGCAGAGGACGAGGAAAGGAAGCGGGCACACCAAGUGCAUUAGAAACCUGGUAGACUGGAUAUUCUGUGCCAUCCAGAGCAGUGUGGCAGCUUUCAGAGCACAGGACCACGAAUCAGGGGGCCUAACCUUUCCCUCAGCUCUGUCACCAACUCAAUACACUUCUCCUUGCCGCUUUCUUGUCUAUAAAUUGGACCGGAAAAAAUAUGUAAUGCCCUUCCAGCACUGAGAAGUCAUGAUUUGGACAAGCUAGCAAGAGGGAUGUCCUUCCAAGCCUUUUCCUCUUUCCUCCCUCUCUGGUAACAGAUCUUGGGGUUUGGCAAUAGUUUGGAUUUUUUUCUUCCUGCAGUUGUGUGUGUGUGUGUGUGUGUGCCACGCGUGCAUGAAGAAGAGCAGGCUGUCCAGGUGGAAAUGAAGAGGGGAGGGACUUGGCAGCAGUUUUCCUAAAGCGACUCAGACACAUCACAGUAACAGCUCUCACUGCAAUUUUAUUUUUAUUUCACUU